AUGGUCCAACCUGACAUCUGCUAUUCUGUCAACACCCUUGCAUGGCAUAUGUCCAGACCAAUGGAAGAGGCAAUGCAAGCAGCACUACACAUCAUCAAGUACCUGAAUCAAAUGUGCAACAAAGUGUUACGAAUCAGCAACCAACAAGUAGGAGAAAAUGCUAUUGAGACAUACAUUGAUGCCAACUGGGCAUCUGAUCCAAACUCAGAUUGGAAGAGUACUUCAGGAUCAAUCAUCAAACUAUUCAGUAGCAUUGUCACCUGGAAUUCCCAUGUCCAGAAAUGUGUCACCAGCUCCAUGGUGGAGGCAGAGUAUAUUGUGGCUUCAGCUGCUGCCAGGGAGGCGCUGUUCCACAAGCAGCUUCUUCGAAGUCUCAGUUUUGGCAAGCAUACCCUGAUUGUGCUAACAGAUAACACUGGUUGUAUUCAGGUGGCGAAGGAUCCAGCCAUGCACUCAAAACUGAAACAUGUUGAUACAAAGUACCAUCUCAUCUGUGACCACAUGCAAAAAGGUGAUAUCAAUAUCAAACAUGUUAACACAGGUGAAAACAUUGCCAAUUUCCUGACUAAACCUGUUCCUCAAAAACUCCUGGCCCAAAUGCAAAAAUGA